AUGCAUCGUUCUUUGUUCUUCCAAAUACAGAUUCUGGAAGAAAACAUGAAGUUAGAGUGCAAGUGCCAUGGGGUCUCGGGAUCCUGUACCACGAAAACAUGCUGGACGACCCUGCCGAAAUUCCGGGAGCUGGGCUACAUCCUUAAGGACAAAUACAACGAAGCCGUUCAAGUCGAACCGGUGAGAGCAAGUCGUAACAAGCGUCCGACCUUCCUCAAAAUAAAGAAGCCACUUUCCUAUCGCAAACCCAUGGAUACAGAUUUAGUGUACAUAGAAAAAUCUCCCAACUAUUGUGAAGAGGACCCUGUCACCGGCAGCGUGGGAACGCAGGGAAGGAUGUGCAACAAGACAGCCCAGCAGUCCAACGGCUGCGACCUGAUGUGCUGCGGUCGAGGUUACAACACGCACCAGUACUCGAGAGUGUGGCAGUGCAACUGCAAAUUUCAUUGGUGCUGCUAUGUCAAAUGCAACACGUGCAGUGAAAGAACAGAAGUCUAUACCUGUAAGUGAGUCCGUGGCGGGGCCGGCUGACGCGUCCCUGUUUGCACAUGCACUCAACGUACCUACACAAGACUGUAGGAAAGACCUGCUCUCCCAGAAGAAACGCUGAUGAGU